AUGGGUAAAGUCCCUGACCAGCAACAGCUCGCAACACCACCGGGCUCAACGCGCCUAGAAGCACAACUCCCAGACUUCCUCCCAGACUUAUCCCUUCCACCGGCACAGAUCUCCUUGUCUCCUGUUGCGGAGAAGCCUCAACGACGGAGUGCUGCGUUGGCGUCCAGGAAACGAACAUGGACGCAUACAGCAGACGAGGAAGAGUCCGAGGACUCCCUUGAAGCGCGCGUCGAGUCUCAGUCUCAGUACGCAGGUACAAGCACCCCUGCACCCGCCCAUACCUCCCGGAAACGCUCCGCAAAGCCAUCCAGAAAAACAACCCAUUCACAAAUUGAGAAGCGCAGGCGAGAAAAGAUUAAUGAUACCAUGACGCGCUUGAAACAACUCGUUCCAGCGUGUCACGCGCAUGGUGCAGAGUCAUUGCGGAAACUAGAUGUGUUGACAGAGACGGCUGCGUAUAUUGAUGCGUUGCAUGCACAGAUUGCACAGCUACAGGGACACACACAGCAACGUGCAAGUCGUGGUGUGUCGCGCGAGAGUAGUUUUGCGAGUGAGACGCCGUCUGUUGUGGCAUUCCAAGCAUUCACGCAACCUGCACCUAGUCUCAGUCCGCCGAGUGUAGUCAAUCACACGACGUCGCCGUUUGUGGGAGAGACGACGCUGGAUGAGAGUGCACUAACGGCUGCUGAAUCGCUCGUUCAAAUCAGCGAGAGUCCCAUGUUGGGACCCGUUAAACGCAUGUCCAUUGCAGAGCUCAUGCAUAUUUAG